CCUUGACUGCACGGCGACCCACGACGGUUCGGUUCUCCUGAGGUCCAGGGUUCCUGCCGGCCCCAGACCGCCAGCUCUUCUGGAAUUUAGAGCCUCUUACGCGGCCUCCAAGAUCCAUGCAGAAUGGCUACUGUGAUCUUUGUGGAUAAGGAAAACGGAGAACUAGGCACCCGUGCGACUCCGAAGGACCGGCUGAAGCUGGGGUCCCGGCCUGCAGUCAAAGCGUUAGAUGGGAGAUCUCAGGUUUCAACACCACAUGUUGGCAAAAUGUUUGAUGCUCCUCCAGCCUUGCGGAAGGCUCCCAGAAAGGCUUUGGGAACGGUCAACAGAGCUACAGAAAAGUCGGUCAAGACCAAUGCACCUGUCAAAGAGAAGCAGACAACCUUCUCUGCUAAAACGGUGACCGAGAAGACGGUUAAAGCAAAAGACUCUGUUCCUGCCUCAGAUGACAUCUAUCCAGAAAUAGAAAAAUUCUUUCCCUUCAAUCCUCUCGAUUUUGAGAGCUUCGACCUGCCUGAAGAACACCAGAUCGCACAGCUCCCCUUGAGUGGAGUGCCUCUCAUGAUCCUUGACGAGGAGAGGAAACUUGAAAAGCUGUUACACCUGGGCCCCCCUUCACCCCUGAAGGCGCCCUCUCUGCCCUGGGAGUCCGAUCCGUUCCAGUCUCCCUCAAGCCUUCUGUCGACUCUGGAUGUUGAAUUGCCACCUGUUUGCUAUGACUUAGAGAUUUAAGUUUCUUAGUGCUUAUAGUUUGUAUGCAUGAAUAGUUUGUAUUAAUAAAGACAUUCUUUAACAGA